CCCCUGCGCUCCGGACGGCGCGAAAACCCAAUUGACAAGAAGUCUCACCGAAGCCCAAGGCCUGAUCAGCGUUCCGUGUGCAGCGCCCACUGCGGCCCGGGGCUCGAACGCUGAGCCUGGAGCGCCUGCCUCGGGGGCAUUGUGCAUUGUCCAGCCUUCCCCGCUGGGCCUGCGCCUGCACUUUCUCGACUACGCCUGGCUGGACGGCCCUGGGCCCAGCCUCGCACUCGCGUCCGUCCGGUGGGCUCUGGGGGACCCGCGACGGACCCCGCGGCCCCGCAGCUUGCUCCGAUUGGACCUGUCGCCUCCAUGGCCUCCAGCCAGGCUGGGCCGGACCGCUGGAGGUCCUAGGAUCCGUGGCUUUGUUAGGCAGGGAUCAUGGUGGGGGUCCUGACCAUGGCGGCGGCUGCAGCUCCCGGUCCAGUAAAGGACUACGAGAUUGAGCCAUGUAAAAAGCGGAGAAAAGAUGAUGACGGCUCUUCCUGUGAAACCAUUACCAAAUAUUUAUUACCAAUAGAGAAGACUGGAGACAAAGUCUUCUCUCCACCAAAACCCAGUAACAUUCUUCAUUAUUUUAGAAAGACUUCACCCACAAAUGAGAAGCUACAGUUGACAAAGGAGUGCAAGAUAAAGCCAUCUCCCUCUUUGCUUGUUGGCAAUAGCAAAGAGUCUAAGACAACUUUGGAAGUGCUCUCAAAUAUGGAACUUAAGAAGAAAGGAAAGAGAGUUAAUUUAUCUCAUCGGCUGAAUGAUAUGAAAAUUGAAUCUCCAGUUGAAGUUAGUAGUGGUGAUCAUAAGGAAGACUGCAGUUUAAGUGAUUUUGUGGAAACUGAUGUUUUCCUUUACAAGAGACAUGUAGAGGUUCUUGAAGAAAGCAGUCAGGACAGCAGAAACCAGCCCAAUACAAUGACCUCCAAAAGAAACUCCCAGAAAGGAAAUCCUAAACAAGGCAUCACAAAAAAUGAUGGCAAAAGAUUGAGAAAAAGGAAGCACAGCAAGAUACUAGAUCUGUCUGAAAGUUUACCCUUGACAGAUGAAAUAAGCCUUCAUAAGAAAGGUGGUAAAGACAGUAAACAGACCAAACCUUCCCAGGCCAAUGAAAACGAGAGGACGACAAAUCAUGUAGACUCCAGGGCUUGUACAACCAAAAUAGCUGAUUUAAACAAGAGUACAAUAACUGUCUCCUAUGAGGAAUUUUUAAAAAGUCACAAGGCAGCUAGAGUGGAAGAGAUACCUGACCCUGUGAUGCCAGCCUGUGUUACUUCUGGACCUGGUGAAGCGUUCAAAAGUGGUUUUGAAGGUGAAUCAGAAAGCUGUGAAGUAUCUCCACAGGUACACCUUAAGACAGUUACUGUUCUUGCACAAGUUCACCCCACUCCCCCCAAAAAGAAAGGGAAAAUACCCUCAAUUUUUUUGAAACAGAAACAGCUUGAGCUUGAAAGUAGCUUCUCUGAUCCAGAAAAUGAGCAGACAGUUCAGAAAAGGAAAUCGAAUGUUGUGAUCCAGGAGGGACAUUUAGAACUGGCUGUGCUGGAAGCCGGGAGCUCUGAGGCUUCAGUACCGAAAUGCAGCAUGGAAGAGAGACAGCAGUUCAUGAGAGCAUUCAGACAGCCACCAUCAGAACUGCUUAAAAAUGGGCUCAAGAAACCUGUGGAGAAGCAGAAAGACACAAGUGAAAAAUCUGUAAACGAAGAAGGAGAUAACAGUUCUGAAAAAAUCAUAGAAAAUCCUAAUAUCCAAAUGAUUUCAAAGCAUGCCAGUUCACAGACACACACUGAUAAAGCAAGUUUUCCUAAAGAGAAAAGUAAAAAGCUGAAGAAAAAGGAUAAGAAAAUGAUAGUCACUAGGACCAUCCCAGGUGGAAGCAGAGAAGAAACCAUGCAAAAGGAACAAACAUCCUUUUCCUCAAAAGAUAAACAAAAGCAAAAUAGCCUUCGAAGGAGUUUAAGGCAUAAGUCUGAAGUAUUCAAAAGCAAUUCCUUACCUAACAGUGAAAGUCUUGUUUGUGAAGAUAUAGCACAUGACUCUUUAAAAAAGUCUCUGUGUGACAGAAAUAAAUCAAGAAAACACAGCACACCAACCAGGGAUAUGGUUACACACUCCAAAGCUGAUCCUGAAAACAGGCUGGUAAACGUUUCCACACCCAAAUCAACCAGGAGAUCUCUAAGAGGCAGCAGCACACUUGCCACAGUCACCCUUGGAGGUUCUGAGUCUGAGGAUGCCCAGGACACUACUCCAGUGAAGGCUUCUACUCCAAAAGCAGCCAGCAUGUCUGAAAAACACAGCCUGUACACAGCAGAAUUAAUAACAAUACCCUCUGAUUCAGAGAGCCCCAUUAGAAUGAAAUUCACUAGAAUUAGUACUCCCAAAAAAUCCAAGAAAAGAUCUAAGAAAUCUGAAACAACUGAGGGAGAUUUCACUUCUCAGAAGAAAAAGGCAAACAGUACUUCAAAAAAUGUAUCAAAAGCAAAACAACUCAUUGAGAAAGCAAAAGCUUUUCGAGUCAGUGGGUCAAAGACUGAAGACACAGCGGUGCCCUUGAGAAGGUCCUCUAGGCACCAGACACUUCCUGAGAGGGAGAAGUCACCAGAGACAGAUGACUCUAUAAUACUAAUAGAUUCAAGUCCAACUUCUGUAAAGCAACCAGAGAACAAUCAGAAGAAACUUAAGAAUUUGAAUGAUGUACUAGGAAAAAAAAAUAACAAGCCUUCUAAAAAUAUUCCUGGAAAAAUGAAAAUUGCUCCUUUAUUUCUUGCCAAAAAGACUAAGAGAACAGCUGUUCCUGUCAUUGAUUUGGACGAAAGCAGUCAAGACUCAUUAGAACAAACUCAGGAUUGUGAUGUACAGUUUAAAGCAAAGCGUGAUUUUCUAAUGAGUGGUUUGCCAGAUUUACUGAAACGACAGAUUGCAAAGAAAGCAGCUGCACUAGAUUUAUACAAUGCAGUGAGUACCAGUUUCCAGAGGGUUGUUCAUGUACAACAGAAGGAUGAUGAGUAUUGGUUAUGGCAAUUGAAGCCACCUUCUUGUCCUCUGUUAACUGAAUUUAAAGAAUUGAGCAGUAAAGUGACAGAUCUCUCAAAAUGUGUUCUUGCUCUUGGUGAAUUUUCAACAUUGAAUUCAAAUCCAAGAAGUAAUUCUGCUGUUGUGCUGAUGAGGACAAGGAAGGACUUUACUAAAGAAGUAAGGGAUCUUUUGCUGGAGGAAAUAAAGUGGUCAAAUCCUGAGUUUUCUUUAAGAAAAUAUUUUCCCUUGCUUCUAAAAAAACGAAUUGAGCAUCAGGUACUUUCUGAGUGUCAUGGUAAACAAGCAAGUCCACAACUACAGUCUCAUGUCAGUCAAAAAGAAACCAAAAGGAAACGUGGAGAAACAGGAAAUCAGAAGUCAAAAAGAAAGAAACCAAAUGAAUAUUCAGUGAGCCCAGAAAAGAUAAAGGAGAAGUCAGAAGAUCUUGACAAAAGAAUCAGCUCUUCUGGGAUAAAUCUGCAUUCUUUCAAAGAUUCUGGAACUGAAGACAUGCUUUGGACAGAAAAGUACCAGCCUCAAAAUUCGAAUGAACUCAUAGGCAAUGAAUUAGCUAUCAAAAAGUUACAUAGUUGGUUGAAGGACUGGAAAAGAAGAGCUGAACUGGAAGAAAGACAGAAUUUGAAAGGAAGAAGAGACGAAAAACAGGAAGGUAUUUUGAAUUUGUCGGAUAGCAUGGACUUUAAAGGCAGUUCAGAUGAUGAAGAGUGUCGUCUUUGCAACACUGUUCUUAUAACAGGGCCAACGGGAGUGGGAAAAACUGCUGCUGUGUAUGCUUGUGCCCAGGAGCUUGGAUUUAAGAUAUUUGAAGUGAAUGCCUCUUCCCAGAGAAGUGGUAGACAAAUCCUGUCUCAGCUGAAGGAAGCUACUCAGUCCCAUCAAGUAGAUAAGCAAGGUGUAAACUCCCAAAAACCCUGCUUCUUUAAUAACUACAACAUUGGCAAGUCACCAAAAAAGUUAAACUCCCCUGGGAAAGUUGUUACAUCACCAAGAAAGCUUCCUCCAUCAUCACCAAAAGGAAGUGGGCAGAAGCGAGCGCUUCCCCCUAAAACUUUGGCAAAUUACUUUAAAGUAUCCUCCAAAUCCAAAAAUAGUGAAGAAGUCGGAACACUCAUGGGAAAUAAUAAAGGAAUCAAAAAUUCUUUGGAACAGAGGCAAAUUAUUCAUACUAAAUCAACAAAUGCAAAUAAUUCAAAUGGUAAAGAAUUUGGAGCUGAAGAAUCCAACAGAAAGAAUGCAACAUCUCUCAUUCUCUUUGAAGAGGUUGAUGUCAUUUUUGAUGAAGAUGCUGGGUUUUUGAAUGCAGUCAAAACAUUCAUGGCAACAACUAAACGACCAGUAGUUCUUACUACAAGUGAUCCCACAUUUAGUUUAUUGUUUGAUGGCUGCUUUGAAGAAAUCAAUUUCAAUAUUCCUUCCCUGCUAAAUGUUGCCAGCUAUUUACAAGUGAUCUGUUUAGUUGAGAAUUUCAGAACUGACUUAAAAGACUUUGUAACCUUGUUGACUGCAAACUCUUGUGACAUCAGGAAAAGUAUCCUUUACUUACAGUUUUGGAUUAGAAGUGGAGGUGGAAUUUUAGAAGAAAGGCCAUUAUCACAGUGUGGAGGAAAUAGCAGAAAUGAACUGAUUUGCUCUGAAGAUGGUACUGGUGCAAAAAUUAAUUCUAAAAACAGCAGAAGAAACCGUGUAGCCCUCCCCAAAUGUGACACUGGCUGUACAGAGGCUUUGUUUGGACUCAAGAACAUUGCCUCCCCAUCCCAAGACUUAUUUUCAUUUUUAAAGCACAAGAUCACAGCAAAAGAAGAAUGGCAUAAAUUCAUCCAGCUCCUUACAGAAUUCCAUAUGCAAAAGAUAGAUGUAUUAUAUAGUAAUCUUGAAUUCAUCCUGCCAUUGCCAGUUACUGUCAUCCCAGAAGUAAAAGAUGCUUAUGGCUUCCCAGUGACUACAGAAGCCAGUGCACCAGGAAGCAUGGAACAUCUUCUCAGGAAGCAAUCAGAAGACCAGCUAUUAAAAAAGUCACAGAAAAAGAAACAGAAAAAAAUGGUGACCCUAGAUGACAGUGACUUAUUUGACACUGGAUUGGACUUUUCUGAUGAACUGAAUAGCUUAUCUUCUGUGCCUUCCUCAGCUUUAGAAGAUGUCACAAGUAGAAACAGAGAAGGCAAUCCAGAGACACAGACACAAAGCAAAUGUUUCACAUCUGACUCUGUGCCUCAGCCUCCUAAGACACCUGCAGAGAAGAAGUGUUCUGUGCUCAUUUCCCACUGUUUAAAUUCUCUUACUGAGUUCAUGGAGAACAUGUCCUUCUUAGAUGCCCUUUUAACCAACGCAGGGGAACGGAAUGAAUUGGGUAAAAAUCCUUUUCACUGGACAAGCGGAAAGGUUAAAAGUGGACUUUGUGAUGAGUUUAGUAUUGAGAGCAGAGAUGGGUGGGCUCCUUGGAGCUCUGAAGAAUUAAAAGCAACUGCAGAAGCUCUCAGCUUUACCAAAUGCUCUUCUAGCAUUUCAAAAGCACUGGAGUCCUUGAAUUCGCACAAGUAUUUAGGGAGUGAUGCAGUCAGUAAGCUCAGUUUCUGUGUUUCACAAAGGUGCAGCAAUGUAUGCUUCCGCCAGUCAGCAGCUAAUCUAAACAAUGCUGACAAGAGGAUGGCAGUCAUUAAAAGAGUAUUUUCUAGCCGAUCUCUUCUGAGUGUGGGUAAUAAGCAAGCUAGUAUAAUUGACUACCUGCCAACUCUUCGGAACAUUUGUCGGACAGAGAAGCUAAAAGAACAAGGGAAAAAUAAAAGAAGGUUUCUGCACUACUUUGAAGGAAUUCAUCUUGAUAUUCCUGAAGAGGCUGUGACUGCUUUGGCUGAUGACUUCCCUUGAUGCUCCCCAUCUUUAGUGCCCUGUACAGAUGAUGUGGUCCUUAAAACACACUAGAUUAUGUCUAUUUUAAAGAAGAGCUUAUUUCUCUUAAUGUAAAUUUUAAUAGACUUUGUAUUUUUGUGAUUCAAAUAUUUAAAGUGAAAAAAUUGGGUUACAAACUGUAUAUAUGAUUGUGGCAUAUUUUUUCCUGAAUGUUUUGUAUUACCUAUUUUUGCUUUGUUGGUAUACUUUCUGUAUGUGUGAGCUGUAUGUGUGUUCUGUAUGUGUGAGAAGGUAAAGUUGUUUCAGUGCUGAGCUCAUAUGUUGUUUUCCCUUUCCUUGUAUCCUUCCUCUGCUCUCCAGCAUCAGAGCAGUACUGCCAUGAAUAGGUAGCACCCAGCCU